AUGCCAAGUGUGCAACCACAGCGGCGUCACCCUCAACGUCCACUCCACCCUCAGCAACAACAAUAUCAGCAAACGUCAUCUCAACAACAACCUCUACUGAUGAUGGAUCCACGGGAAACCCCACCACCGCAAUAUGGCCAGGCAAUGAGAUGCUCUGGAAAAUGCUUUUACAGCAUGAGUUCAAUGUUGGAGAACAGUUUCAGCGAGAAAAACACCAAUCAACAACAACAACAACAACAACUCAUAUACCCAAUGAACACACCCCAAUGUGUGUGUUCGAACAGCUCUUUCGGAAGUGUCACCGACGAAGUGUCAUAUCCAAUGGAGUUGGAAUCCGGCUCGGAGGAAAUGAGCAUCGAGCAGGAUUACGAAACCAAGAUAGGUGGUUGUUAUUGCGAAAGUUAUGGCGACAAUUCAACCGAUUGCAACGAAGGCGACGACUACGAUCAUCAACAUCAUCAUCAACAAUAUUCCAAUUGGUCGGCGAAAGCAGCGACGAAAGCAAUAACCGGCGAAAUGAUAGCAGAACGACUGACGAAUUGGCAACAAAACGACAAUCUGGCAUUUCAUCAAACGUCAACAACAACAACAAACAACAAGUCAACAACUGGGACCACGAUAGCGGGAAGUGUUUUACGGAAUUGCUGUUGCACCGGUGGGGGUUCUGUUUCGAACGAAUCAAGUGUUGGCAGCAACUGUCAACAUCUACUACCACAACACAAUCAGAACUUUUCACCAACGCCGAGUGCGAUGGCAACACCAGUAUCCACAACUGUCACUUCGGCUCUAACUGCGACAGCAGCAAGUGUUUUUCGAAAUUGUUGCCGAGGUGUUGGGUCCCACUCCAACGAAUCGAGCAUAGGGAUUUAUCCCGACUCUCUUCAUCAGAACAAUCGCAAUUUUACACUCAACAUCAACAACAACAACAACAUCAACAACAACAACAACAACACCAACAAGAACAAUUACAAUUUCUACGAACAAAAAACAACAACAACAACACCAAUCAAUUUAACGACCGACUCUUCUGGUACGUUAAGAACAAAAGAACUAUUCAAAGCCCUUAUGAAAAAGCUAAAAGAUCCCCAAUUGGACACCCUGUGUCAAGUUGUCGAAAAUCGUUUAAACGCCGCGACCACUGUCGGAACGGACGCGUCGACAAACAACAUUGUCGGUGGUUGGCGCCGUCAAAAUCAGAACCAUCGAUCGUCGUCGUCACACCAACCGUCGACGUGUGUCCUUGUACCGCGCGAAUUGAUCGGGGGCGAAGAGCCAAAUGUGAUUGCGUGUCGCUUAUGGUUUUGGCCGGAUUUGCGGGAUUCAACGGAAUUGAAACGAAUACCAAUGUGUCCGAAUGGCAAGGAAAAAGUUUACGUUUGUUGCAAUCCAGCACAUUGGAAUCGGAUAUUAAUACCAGAAGCUGCACCUCCGCCUUACCAGCAAACAGUUAUGGACAGACUGAAACCCGAAGACCGUGCUCCAAGCGAAAACUUAAAAGACGGAGGUUGUUCCACAGUCAGCAGUACCACCACUGGUCUACGAGUUCAAAUUCCAGAAUCAUUCACCACUAACGGCGAAGAUCACUCAUCGCCUUCUCUAACAUGGUGCCAAAUUGCAUAUUGGGAAUUGGCGCAACGUGUUGGCGAAAGGUAUGAGGCUAAAAACUCCACAGUUAAUAUCUAUUCAGAAGGCAGCGGUGGAAUGUGUUUAAAAGAUUUGGCCGACAAAAAAUUUGCAGCAACAUCAAGUUCUGCACAAUACACAGGAACAUCAAGUUCUGUGUUGAAAACAAGGCAAAAAAUUGGUUUAGGUAUUACUCUUAGUCAGGAAGCAGAUGGCGUUUGGUUGUACAAUCGUUCAGAAGCACCCAUAUUCGUACAUUCUCCCACAUUAAACGAUGAUUGCCGGCAUGUUUCCAAAGUGCCACCAGGUUAUUGUUUAAAUGCCUUCGAUAUAAAUAGGGCUCGAACGCAAAAACUGGUGCGCUCACCUCAAAUAGCUGGUGCUCAAACAGGUCCAAUUGACACAUUUAGCAUGCAAAUAAGUUUUGCCAAAGGUUGGGGUUCGAAAUAUCGUCGAACCGACAUAACCGCCUGUCAUUGUUGGUUGGAAGUACUUUUUGCGAGACGGUGACAUUUUGUUAACGGUUUCAAUAUACCAAGAUCACCAUCACCAUCGACGAUUGGCAGUCAAAAUACAAUAAUAAUUGUCAGUUUUUCUUAUAGUACAGCUAAUACUGCUGCAAUAACAGAUGUUGCUGCUGCUGUCACUAAAACCAAUAAUGCUGCCACAUCUGCCUCCGCCACCGCCGCCGCUAUCGCCACAGCCGCUACAGCAGCUACAGCUAAAACUACUAUAAUAAACAAUACAAAUCGCCACAAUUAUAGUAGCAGCAGUUUAAUAAGUAAUAAUUAUUGCAGCAGCUGUCAUUGCAAAUGCACUUCACAUCGAAUUUUAUGCACCAAAGUAGCAACAAAUAAUAAUACACGCUUAAGGCCAUUGUUGUCGUUGUCAUCAUUGCCGAAGAAACGAAGUUUGCGAAAAAUUCACACAAAAUUUGCAACAAUUUUUAAACUUUGCUGGAAGAGGUUUGUGUAGUUUUUUUUUUUGAAAAAAAAAAAAAAAUUAAAAUUACAAAACAAAUUUAGUUUUUCUUAAAUUAAAACAAAAAUUAAAAAAAGGACUGGAAAGUUAGAUUUUUAAAUGGUUAUUCCAUAGAAUAUAUAUAUCUCAACAAAGUUUGGCUAUAAAAGAAAAAUAAGAAACACUCACAUACUCAUAUUGCGAGAGAAAAAAAGAAAGAGAGAGAGAGAAAUAAAAAAGAAGAAAAGGAGUAUUGUUAACAUUUUUUAUUGUUUAAAAAAAAAUAUAAUUUCAAGAAAAUGUUCCCUUUCAUAAUAAAAUUUAUAAAAAAAAAAAAAAAACAAUUUACAAAGACUUAUAAAUAAAUUUAAAUAAUAUAAUAAAAUAAAAAUUGCAUAAAUGUAUCCAUAAUGCUAAAUGUAUAUAAACAAAAAAAAAAUCGAUAAAAUCAUUGCACCCUGUACAGAAACACACCCAGUGUGAAAGCCUUAAAAAUGUAUAAACAAAAAAUAAAUCAAAAACAAUUUUUAUUAAUAUAAAUCAACAAAACUAUAUAUAUUUUUAGUCAUAUUUAAUUUAAAUUAUUUAUUUGCUUAAAUGAAAACAUACAAAAACAAAAAUAAAAACGAAAUGUCAUUCUGAAAAGAAGCCGCCUCUGGAUCUACAAAAAGUCUCCUAAAUCUGGAAGAAUUCAGAGACAAUCAUCAACCGAUAAAAAAUCUUAAAAUCUGUCAUUUGUUAAAUUUCUAAAUGAAGUAGU